CACACACAAUAAAAACACAUAAAAUCAUAAACUUAAGCAAACACUCGAGUGCAUAUGUGUGCUUCUGCUGUUCUUUCUUUGGGCUUAUUUACUUUAUUUUUAUUUUGAUCUAAAAGCCUAAUCAUAUCAGCUACGGCGUCCCAGUUGUGGCAAAUUCAAAAGUCAAAGUUAGUUGUCCAAGAUCCUAUUAACAUUUGGGAGACUGGAACAACAGUGUUUGCAAGAAGAUACUGUAUGAGAGCUGGGGGUGGGAGACAGGAAAUCAGUUCUUCCCUUACUGAUUCCUUCUCAAGUAAACGAUUGUUUUUCUCAGGCUUUACUUCCUUUCUCCUCCUGCUCCAAUCCGGUAGUAUUAGAACUUUCAUUAGCCUCCUAAUAGGUACAUGGAUCUCCCUCAUAUUUUCCUGGGGACUGUAGUUAGUUAAGGGUGCUGGGAAGUGCAGCUCGUGGGGGUAAAUGGCCAUUGCCAGGAUUCUUUGGCAGACACCAUGCAUGUGAAAGUUGCCCACUGUAAGAGUUUAUUCUGGUUUAUGCCAGCAUUUCCUAUGCUGCUGCUUUGCAAAAACUACGAGUCAUCCAGAGGCAGGGUAAGGCCCGCCCAGAGGGAGGGAAAAGCCCACCCUGUGGUUUGAAACUGGAGAAACGAAACCAAAGCUUUUAUUCCCGCUUCCUGCAGACGAAAUGGCCGACGAGGGUCCAGUCCAGAACCUCUGCGAGGAAACGACAUGCUCCAUCUGCCUAGAGUAUUUCACAGAUCCGGUGACCAUAGACUGCGGCCACAAUUUCUGCCAAACCUGCAUCACCAAGACUUGGGGGAAAUCAGGCGGAGAUGCUUCUUGCCCCCAGUGCAGGGAACCAUGUCAGCAAAGGAAUUUCAGGCCCAAUCGGCAACUGGCGAGCAUUGUGGAAAUAGUCAAGAAAUUCAGCCUUCAGGUGGCCAGAGGGGCGGAAGCGCUGGGAAGGGUUUGCGAGAGACACCAGGAGCCCCUGAAACUCUUCUGCGAAGAUGACCAAGCCCCCAUCUGUGUGGUGUGUGACAAAUCCAAGGAUCACAGGGAACACAAAGUGAUCCCAAAGGAAGAAGCCUUUGAAGAGUAUCAGAGUAAAAUCCUGCGUCAUUUGGAGUUCCUGAACAAACAGAGAGAAGAAAUUCUGUCUUCUAAACUGAAGGGGGAGACCGAAAGCCAGAAUCUGCUGAAGCGGACAGACAUGGAGAGGCGGGAAAUCGUGGCUGAUUUCAAGCAGUUGCACCAGUUUCUGGAAGAACAAGAGCGCCUCCUGCUGGCUCAAUUGAAGGAACUGGACAAUGAGAUUAAAUCCUGUGGGGACCAACAUAUUGCAAAACUCUUGAAGGAAAUGUCCUCUAUUGAUGACCUCAUUAAGGAGCUGGAGGAGAAACAGAAGCAGCCAGUGACUGAAUUCUUGCAGAAUAUGAGAAGCAUCCUGGAAAGGUGUAAUGAAAAUGAAAAUAAAACCAUAUAUGCAAUAGCUUUUCCUCCUGGAUUAAAAGAGCAAAUAGAUAAAUUCUCUAAAAUGCAUCCUUUCUUGGAGAAGGAGACCAAGAAAUUCAAAGAUGUUGUGCUCUCUGGACCUCAAGGAAAGAAAGGUACAUUUCCAGGUGAGGAAAUGGUAAUUCCUAACCUAGUCCUAGCAGUGUAUGGCCAAGCAACAACCCAAGCAACAUUUCACUCGAUGGGCUUCAGUUUUGCAAAUAUGCAGCAACCACAGUAUCACUUAGGAUUAUCAGAUAACAUUAGUUGUUGUGCCUAUGUUAUGGGAGUUGAGAGAAUCACCUCAGGGACUCAUUCCUGGAUAGUGAAUGUGGGGGACGAGAAGUUCUGGGCUGUGGGGGUUGUCAUGGAGUCUUUAAGGGGGCACAAUAUUGUCAAUUUGAAUGAUGGAAUUGGGAUCUGGGCUAUUGCGAGGAUUUCUACUGGUGCAUAUUAUGCUUCCACUCCUCCUGGAAUAUCUCUAGGAUCAUCACCCUCGGCCAGCACGCUACCCCUUAUGUUCAACCCAAGAGGGAUUCAGCCAAAGAGGAUCCGUGUGCUUGUGGUCUAUGAAGCAGGAUUAGUAAUCUUCCGCGAUGCUGACUCAGAUAAUGCUCUCUUUACCUUCAAUGCUUUGUUCUCUGGGGAGAAAAUCUGCUCCUUUCUCUGUAUGGGGAAAUGAGAUGAGGUUGGCAUUUGGUCCAAACUUGACAGGCCAGCGGGAGGUGCCAAGUCCUUUAAAACCAGGGAUGGGUGGAGAAGUUUUUAAAAAAACAGCAUGGGGGGUCGGGGGAAGGAACUGAAUCUUGCCCCCUACUUUCCUCCCUCAAACAUCUGGGGAAAGAACUUUGGGGGGGGGGGAUGUGUGGUGAGGAAAGAACUCGGCAUUUUAAGCGCCCUCCCCCCCACUGCCAACUUCUUUAGAGGGAAUUAGUAACAGUCUGACUCUGACACGCAUUGUCAUUGCUGUCUAGUCUGAAUGGGCCCUGCAGGCUUUCUCUUCCAAAGAGCGUUCUGUUGUGGGAAGCCAAACACAUGCAAACUGCCAUACAGCCACAGCUUCAGGAGGAAGUAGUAGCUGAAGAGGAGAGGCUUUUCAGUGAGGAACUGGUAUGAGGCCCUGAUCCAGAUAGGCAGAGUGUUCCAGAUCACAACCCCACAGCUGUAGUUUAUUAGGGGAAGAAACACAAAAAAUAGAAGCACAAUGAAAGUGGAAUAGUCUGCAAACACAUGAUGCAGAAAUAGAGACUUUAUAAAUGCUCCCCUAUUAUCUCCAGAGUUGGAUGGUUUUGUGUGCUUUAAGUAGUUGUUCUAUUUCUUUUUAUAUUUGUUUAAGUGUCACUGUGGGACCUGAUGUUGAAAGGUGUGUAAGAAACCUUGUAAAUAAAUAAAAGUAAUUCCACUUA